AUGAUCAUCAAAUUCAUGACCGAGAUCCGGACCCGCUUCAACCCUUUCUCCCCCAGCGCCCGGUCCGCCCGCCUCUUCCUCUCCUUCCUCCCACCCAACGCGCGCGCAAACGGCUUGGUAAUAAACACCGACCUCCUACCGAGGACGUCCAAGGAGACGCCGUCUCUCUAUGUCAAGUUCAAGGACGGCAAGGAGAUGACGCUCGACUGCGACAAGAUGGGAAUCAAGGGACUUAUUGAGGAGGUCGACCGGCAUUCGCGGGGUCUGCAGAAGCAGGCCGACUUGACGGACGGUUAA